CUACUUUCAAGCAAUUUACAAACAAAUUUCAAGCACAUUUUUUAAGUGCUUAGACAGUAUCCAUUUUCGAAAGAUGUGGUGGAUGCUGUUCCCUCGCUGGAUUUGGUUCCUGGCUGGACACUACGUGAUUUUCCACAUGGACGAUCGCGUAAUGACCAUGACUUUGCCUAGAGUCACGUACUCUCACGCGGGCAUUUGUCCCAAUGACAUGAAUCCCAACCUCUGGGUGGAUGCUAUGAGUACCUGCACAAGAGAAUGUGAAUCAGACCAGGAAUGUGAAACCUUCGAGAAGUGCUGCUCCAAUGUGUGUGGGAACCGGAGCUGUGUGGCGGCCCGCUACAUCAGAGAGGGGAAUUCGGGUCCCGUGGGGAUGCCCAAGGAGGCCACCUGCGACAAGUUCAUGUGCACGCAGCAGGGCUCCGAGUGCGACAUCUGGGACGGCCAGCCGGUGUGCAAGUGCAAGGACCGCUGCGAGCGGGAGCCGCACUUCACCUGCGCCUCCGACGGCAUGACCUACUACAACAAGUGCUACAUGGACGCCGAAGCCUGCUCCAAGGGCAUCGCGCUGUCCGUGGUCACCUGCCGCUUCACGUGGCCCAACACGAGCCCCCUGCCCGCGGGCACCACCGUCCGGCCGACCACCCCUCUGCAGCAGCUGACCACGCCCGUGGACGUCCACGCCCCGGUCUUGGUGGGCACGCCCGCGCCCCAGACGGCGUACGUCGGGGAGACGGCCAGCUUCCUGUGCGAGGUGGCCGGCAGGCCGCGGCCCGAGAUCACCUGGGAGAAGCAGACGGAGGGCGGCGAGAACGUGGUGAUGCGACCCAACCGCGUGCGCGACAACGUGGUGGUCACCAACAUCGGCCAGCUCGUCAUCUACAACGCCCAGCUGCAGGACGCCGGCGUCUACACCUGCACCGCCGCCAACUCGGCCGGCUCCGUCCAGGCCCACUACCCCCUGUCGGUGCGCCAGAAGGAGCCGGCGAAGAGGGAGGAGCAGGCCAACGCCACCCGCUUCGCCGCCGACGAGUGCCUGAAGAUGCCCGACAGCGAGGACUGCGGCGAGGAGAGGCUGAGCUGGUACUACGAGGCCAAGCGGAACAGCUGCUUCACGUUCACCUACGGCAACUGCGGCAAGAACCAGAACCACUUUGACUCGUACGAGUCGUGCAUGCUGGCGUGUCGGCCGGAGCUGGGCGCCCCCUGCACCCAGCCGGGCCUCCAGGGGCCGUGCAAGGCCUACGAGCCCCGCUGGGCGUACAGCGCCGCCCUGCACCAGUGCCAGUCCUUCAUCUACGGCGGCUGCGGCGGCAACGACAACAACUUCAAGACCAAGGAGGCCUGCGAGGACGCGUGCCCCUUCCCCACGAACCACCAGUGCAAGCCGUGCAAGCCGCGCCACAAGAUGGUCACCAGCUUCUGCCGGGCCGACUACGUCAUCCUGGGCCGCGUGACGGAGAUGACCGAGGAGCAGGACUCGGGCCACGCCCUGGUGACGGUGGAGGAGAUCCUGAAGGACGAGAAGAUGGGCCUGCGCUUCUUCGGCAAGGAGCCGCUCGAGAUCACGCUGCAGAGCAUGGACUGGGCGUGUCCGUGUCCCAACGUGACCGCCGCCGACGGCCAAGUCAUCAUCAUGGGCGAGGUGACCAAUGGCAUGGCCGUCCUGCAGCCGGACAGCUUCGUGAUUGGCUCCAACGUCAAGCGCGUGCGCAAGCUACGGGAGGUCAUCAACAAGAAGACCUGUGACAUGCUGAAAGACGGGUGGGUGGCCGUGGUAGCAUAGUGGUUAAAAGUUGUGGUUUCAAUUCCCGGCUGCCACCAUUGUGCCUUUGAGCGAGGCACUUAACCCCAUGUUGCUCCGGGUCCGUUGUAAUAGAGUUGACAUAUGUCAAACAUAU